AUGUUGAGAAGAAUCGUCAACACUGGCACAAAACGCCUUUUUCGGGUCCCGCCUAGAAGCUCGGCCCUCUGUUUCUCGAGACGUUUGUCUGAUCAGACGAAAGAAGUCUACACCAAAAUCAACGACACCAAGGAUCCAGCUAGAAACCAGUUUUUUCAAUACACUUGGGGCUCUUGGAUGAAAAAUGAUAAGUUGGAACGUGCAAGAAGACAGACAAGAUUUUCCAUCGAAGGUCUUAGCAAGUUUGCCAAAGAUUUCAAACCUCAAGACGCUGCUUUGGGCAAACCUGAGCAUUUGACCAACGGGACUGUUGCAUUGAAGAACAACUGGACCAAAGAAAUUCUUGGAGAGACAGGUCAUGAUGUGAAGUCUAUUGCAAGCAUUCAUGAGGGAAAGCACCAUAGAAUCUAUAAAGUUACGUUGGCCAACGACAGGCAGUUGGUGUUGAGAAUUCCUUACCGCCUCGAAUCGGACUAUGCUAUUGAAAACAAAAUCAACAGCGAAGUAGCAACAUUGGAUUUUUUGGCGCUUAAGUUGAAGUUGAAUGUUCCCCGUGUCCUUGCUUACGGUCCUACACGUACAAAUAUAUUGCAAACUCCUUUUAUUUUGAUGGAAUAUAUUGAAGGCGAUUUGUUGAUGAAACAAUGGAAUCCAUUGGUUCCAGAUUCGGAAACAAGCGAAGAAGAGUUGAAAAAAGUCAUUGAUCCAAUCAUGGAAUUCCAGGACAAACUUUUGAGCGUGACAUUCAACCGAUUUGGUUCGCUAUACUUUUUCGAUGAUGUCAGUGCUGCCAACCAAAAAGUGGUCCCAUAUGAUGAAGAAGAUAACCUUUUGAAGGACAGAUGGAGAAUUGGACCAUCUACUGAACUGGUUUUCUCAAAGAACAAGAAACAAUUGGCCUCUCAAAAAAUUUCCCAGUUCAAUGGGCCUUGGGACAGUGUUGAGAAAAUGCUCAAGGACUUGGCUGAAGUGCAAGUAGAAAGUUUGAGAUUCAGAUUAGGCUUGGCCCAGGCAGACUCUUCUAACCAAGUUGAAGAUGUGGAUCAGUUGAAGAAACAAAUACAAACAUUUGAAAACUUCAAAAUUAUCAGCGAUAAAUUGUUAAACCCAUCCUCCCCAGCGAUCAAGAAUGUGGAAGAAUUAUUCAAACCACGGCUUUUUGUUCCAGACUUGGAUCCUUUGAAUGUGAUUGUCGAGCAGAAAAGUUCCAAGCCGUUCUUCAUUGAUUUUGAGCACACAGUCAUCAAACCAUUCAUCUUGGCUUCUUAUCCUGCUUUUGUUGCCUACCAGGGUACUAAAUUGUACAAUUUGGAAGAAGAAAUUCCUGGCUUCAAAGACAUGGAUGAUGUUGAAAAACAACAAUAUGAGUUCAUGUACUACAAGACUAGAAAUGAACGCUUAUGGGAGUUUGCUCUCAACAACAAGAGACACGAUCUUAUUGCUGUUGCUUCGCCUCAUAUCAAACUUUUGAAGGCUCCAUAUUUGCAAGUUGUGAACUGUAAGACAGAUAAGGACUUUAUGUUUAUUGAGAACGCAAUCAUCCAAUUGCAAGCUAUGUGGGAAGCAUAUGUUGCUAACCAAAUAUGUAACUCGACUACACCUGAAUUUCCUAUCGAGUACACUGCUGAAUAUUUGGAUGAGCAUCAAUCAGACUUGGAAAACUAUCAGUUGGAGGUUGCUUCUACUCCAUUUGCUGCCACAGGCGGAUGGGUUCCCCAAGACAUGUUCGAUGUAUUGAAAGAACAAAAUAUUUUGGUGGAAGAUGAAAACGGAAACUACAAAAUCGAAGCCGAUGCUGCUUUGAAGAAUCCUCCAAAGGAUCCAUAG